UCUGUUUCUGGUCACAAUGCAAUGAUUCGUAACAUGUCCAGAUUGUUUUUUGUAAGGCGAAAUAGUUCGCUUGCAUUAGGUCGAAUUAUUUACAGUGAGUACACCACCUCAAAUUCAAAGAUUCCACAGAAACCACAAUGGAGAGAAAGCAAAAAGAAAAACAAGGUCAAGGUGGACCCGCAGACCAUUGAGAACCUGGAGCGGUUAGCGCUUGUUAACUUCAACAGCUCUGCUGGUGUGGAGAGGCUUGAGCAUGCCAUCACUCUCGCAGAGCAACUAGAUGAUGUGGAUACUACUGGAGUAGAACCCAUGGCGUCGGUCUUAGAAGACAGAGAGUUGUACUUGAGAGAUGAUACGGUGACAGAAGGCUACUGUGCAGAGGAGAUAUUGAUGAAUGCUGCCAAGACUUGUGAAGAGUACUUUGUUGCUCCACCUGGAAACAUCCCCCUGUCUGCUCAAGCUACCCAACAAGCUUCAGAGAGAACCAGGAAGGAGGAAGACAGAUGACAGGAAUUGAGAUGUAUCAAAAAUUAACUUUGUAUUGAACCCAGCCCCCCCCCCCACUCAGUGUUAUUUAGGGUACACAUAUGCAUGUUCCCAGCCCCCCCCCCCCCCCCCUUUUCAGCAAAAGUCUGGUGUGUAUAGUCAAUACGGGUAGUCCUUUUUCUUUUGUUACGAGCCAGAGAGUUUGGGAACACUCUUGGUAUCCAUCCGUUCACGGAGUGGGGGGGGGGGGCCGGGGUAAUGAAUGGUCUACAGAACAGCCAAUGAUAAGUUAUGGUGACAAGGCGAUCCAAAUUUGCUCCAGCGGCAUUUGGUAUUGGCGUCGGUUCUUCAAAGAUAUCAUCUGGAGCUAAAAGGGUGUUAAAUCAUAUUCUUCAACACAGAGUAAAUGCCCUUGUGGCUCGAAGCAGACAGUAAAGGGUUAGGUUAGGGUUGAUACUGGGUUUCAGUUUGUGUUAGGGUUGGGAUUACUGUUAGAAGUAUGGUGGAGGAUCUAGGGUUGAAUUGAAGAAUUCAACCAGUGUAGGGAAUUGUCGCAGAAGCACAUGUUCCGCAGUUGGUAAAGGACAGUGGUAUGUUGAGGAAUUGCUACAGUUUUUACCUUAUCUUUGACACAACUCAUACAUGCUGAUGUUUAGUUCAUGUAACUGCUAAGAGAGCAUGUUUUCAUGUGCUUGUAGCACACCAGGGGAGUGUUUCACAAAGAUUAAGAUCGACUUUAAGUUGGACUUAAAUAUGGCAGGCCACUGUUUGCCACUGUUUGCUCUCACCAUUUACUGGCAUUAGUUUCUCAAGGGACAUACAAAUAUGAAGGUCUCAAAUCUACAUUUUUGAUAAAUCAUUAUUGAAGGAAAAAAUGAUCUAAAGAUGAUAAUGGUGAGAGCAACCAGUGGCAUGAAUGGCCCGCCAUAGUUAAGUCCGACUUAAAGUCGACCUUAGUCUUUGUGAAACACCUCCACGGGAUGUAGGGCUUAAAGUCAUACCCUAGAAACUUGGGUGGGUUGGUUAUGAAGAUUAAUGUCUUUAUACCAAAGUAUUUGAUCUUUGAUAACACUUUGUCAUGAUUUAGUAUUCAUGAUUAAAAGAAUAUACAGCUUAGAAUUCAAACAACUUUUGAUGCACUUGAGAAUAAAGAUUCAGAUCAUUUGUCUGUUGAGUGUCAAAAGGGCAUUACUCUAUGCAAUAAUUAUGUGAGUAAAUGCUUUGUGGCUUCCAGCAAACCAAUCAUCUGUACUUUGGUUACUUCAGAGGGAAAUUAUCCUGAUUUCUGAAAAGAUUUGCAUGACAAAUUACCUUGUGAUGACAAUAAAAAUAAUAACAAUUCAAA